ACCAAUUUUUUACUCAACGUUAAUUCCUUAGGUCAAGAACAAAAGUUAAAGUUUUUUUCGGAUUGCUUUGAAGAUUCAACAAGAUUCGUGAGACCAAUAACUCGUAAUAAAAUACAUAACUUCGCUUCAGAUUGUGCUAAAAAAAGUAUUAAGAGUGCCACCGGAGACAAAAAAACAUUAAUUAAAAUGGAACGAGAUAUUUUUGGACGUCUGUUAGCAAUUGCUAUAAAUCAAAAAGUUGACAUUGGACACUGUCUAUCAUUCCCUCUUGCACCUGUACCUCCUGCACUAUUCCACUGUUCAGGCGACAUGAUGAAGACGGACAAGUCAGCUUUAAGUAAACAAUUGACGGCAAAGAUUGCACCAACUAAUCCGGGACAAGUCGACAUAGAAAUCAUUGAUGGUUUUUAUUAUUUAUAUUUAAUUGGCUCUACUUUACCACAAACAUUUGGAAAAAUUGCAGAAUCGAUAUUGAUAAAACUAUGUUCAAAGAAUGCUCCAGUAGUUCAUAUCAUCUUUGAUAGAUAUUUAACGCCUUCCAUUAAAGAUUGCGAACGAGAAAACCGAGAAGGAAUUGAUAUUCCAUACACAAUUAAUGGGCCUUUGCAAACAAGACCCAAUGAUUUUCAAAAAAGCUUAAAGAACUUUCGUUUCAAAGAAGCCCUGGUAAAAUUCUUAGCUAAUCAUUGGGCUGAUCAUUCUUUUGCAGCAGUAUUAGGAAAUAAAAAAAUUUACAUUACUGUUGAAGAGAAAUGUUUUUCAUAUUGUUCUGCUGGAAAUGUUGUAGUGAAAACUGAAGAAACCGAAUUAUCAUGUUCACAUGAAGAAGCUGAUACAAGAAUUGUUUUUCACAUAAGUAAAGUACCUGAAAAUUUAAAAAUUUUGGUGAAAGCAGCAGACACUGAUGUUUUAAUAAUUUUAUUAGGUAAUAUCCAUAAAUUUCCUAAUUUGCAAAUUUGGUUGGCCAACAUUUACAUCAAUUGUACGGACUUAUCAAUAAAAUUAGGUCCAACUUUAUGUCUUGCUUUGCCUGCUUUUCACGCAUUUACGGGUUGCGACUACACAGCUGCAUUCUUUAGCAAAGGGAAAGUUAGACCCUUCAAUGUAUUUAUUAAGCAUCCACAAAUUCAACAAGUUUUUGCGUCUUUGCAGAAUCCUUAUGACAUUUACAACGAAACCAAAAUCGAUGCAGUUCAACAUUUUACGUGCCUUAUGUAUGGACUUCCAAAGUGCCAAAGUGUAAAUGCCGCAAGAUUGUUAUUAUUCAACAAAAUGUACGCUUCAAAAGAAAACAGUGAAAAAUUUAUGAAAAGAAUUCAAGGUUUUGACUCGACGCACAUUCCACCGUGCUGGAAAUCUUUAAAGCAAAAAUUAUUACGGACAAUCUUUGUUAAUUUGAUGUGGUUAAAUGCUACUGAGUCGGAUUGCAUCAAGUUCAGCGCGGAAAAUAAUGGCUGGCUGUUGUUCGAUGGUUUUUUAAAACCAACAUGGUUCCUGGGAGACUCAACUCCAGCGCAAGUUGAGAGUGUGCUGUGUGAUUCCACGAACAAGCCUUCCGAUAAUAACGACGAUACCGAUAUUUGCGAUGAAAGUGAUAGCUGCGAUGAUAGUGUGACUGAGAGCUCCGAUGAUUCAGAUUUUUAAAAAAGAGUCACGGAAAUAUAAAAUACAUUUUAAAAAAUUAUAAUUUGCUUAAAUUGAUGAAUAUGUAAAAUAUAUGUAAUACUUGAAUAAAAUCAAAUCUUUUUUCAUACAGUACUUGCACAACACAAUUUUUUUUACAUGGUUUUUUACAACCUUGGUUUUAUUCAUCAUCAAUAUCCAUUUUUUUUUUAUUUUAAAUUUGUUAUUUAUUUUUUAAUUUUUUUAUUUUGAAAAGAAAGACGUUCUUUUUGGAGUAUUUAUUAUUUUGAGGCGUACCUACUAUUGUUUGAAUCGGAGGUUGAGAACAAUAGCAUUUGACGCAUGCGCAAUGGCUUUAAACUGUCCAACAGCUGGCAAUCGCUAUCCUCGUUUGACUAGUGGUGUUACGCGCUAGCUCUCUUUCACUCUACUUUUAAUAUUUACUAUAUUUAAUAGCCAGCAACCCUUAUUUGCGGCCAGAUUUAAUUAGGCAACCGUAUAUGAUAAUAAACAGAAAAAAAUUAGCUUUAAUUUGAUAUAUAAAUUAUGAAUGUACGUUGUGGGUGUAUAAAUGUAAUAAAAUCAUACCUGUGUACACCUGGCUGCGAAGAGGUGCGGCCAGGUGCGCAACGGCAACCAUGAUUUUUCACAGUCUUUAUAGAUGUUGCCGUAAAGUGAACGACAUUUUACUGAAAAAACAAGUCAAUGAAAUUUCUUACGGAUUAUGAAUUAUUAAUAAUUUAAUUAAAAAUACUAGCGGCCACAUUUUGAUAGGCAACCUAGUAGAUAUAAAUUCUCCUAAUCAUAAAUAUGUGUAAAAAUUUGGUUUUCAGCAAACACUCGAUGAGUACACUGAUUCUGCA